UUGCCAUUUACUUUGCCACAAUGUUGCUGCUAAUGACAGCGCAGGCGGCUGGGCACCUUUGCGACACGUGCGGUACACAAAGGCGGCAACAAGGCAACUAACUCAUUGCUAGCCAGGGCUGCGUGUCUUCCGGAAACUCAAUCCGGAAAACUGUCAAGCCCGCCAGCGACUGGUCGCUUCCUUCAGCUGCUACCAAUCUAAAGAGCCAGGUAAAAAACGCGCCUCCAUUUGCAUCCAAUCGAUUGAGACCCGUCAGCUCGCCUUUUGUGCUAUUUAAUUGGGGAGGAAGAAGAAAGAGGAGGAGGCUGCUGCUCCUGGUACAUAUUUCCCCUCUAUCGUACAACCGGUGACUUUCUAACACUAGGCUAGUCCGGUUGACAAGCGGAGAACUUCCCAGCUGUUUCCAACGUCUAUCAGGCAGCGCCAGCUGAAGCCAAGUUUUCGCAUGUGAUGUCUCCGCUUCCUUUCCCCGGAGCGAAGCGCCUCUCCAGUUCGCCGGGAGAAGGGUGCCGGGUUCCUGGCACCUGCGGUCCCCUUUGCGCCACGAGCAGGCUCCGGAGGACGCCUGGCGAGAAGAGUGGCAAGCAGUCCUUUCCCCAACAGCCGUAGCCGCCUUCCGCCUCCUCGCCUGCCCAAUGGGUCGCCGGCCUGGCUGGUCCCUUUCUGCCACCAGCCCCCUACCUUGAGUUUGUGCGUUUCUCUGUCUCCCCGAGAGGGAUUAAUUAACCAGGCUGGAGCUGGAAGAGGCUGCCGUGACGAGCCCAGUGGCGAUUGGCCGCCCGCCUGCCUGGCCCUGCCUUUAUAAUUUCCACGCGAGUGCAUCUGGGCUCUUAUACAAACCAACAGCCAGCUUCUCCUGACAUAUACACACACUCAGAGACAGGGAGACACACACACACAGAGGGGGAGAGAGAGAAAGAGAAACACCCAGAAAUCCGCCCCCCCCAUCUGACUACCAACAUUGCGCGCAGACACACACACACACACUCACACCCCGUGGUGACUCCAGGAGAAAAAUAAAUGCCUGCUCCGAUGUGUUAUUAUUUUGACUGGUGGGAGCCUGGCUGCAACUGGGCGCAAACUUUGCUUCCCUUUUUUUAACUGCAGCUCUUCCAUGCUUUCCUCUGCUCCCUGAAGGAUCCUUUCCAACAAAAAACCCAGGGGUUUGUGUGCCUGUGCGUGUUUGGGAAAGACUCGGAGAUUUGUUCGGGGCAGAAGUGUCCACCUCCAGCCGGCAAGGAGAGAGAAAGACAGCCUGCGAGCGAGCCUCGGAGCUGAGGAGGAGCCGAGCAGCAGAAAGAGCAGCGGGGCGGCGAGAGCAGCGCCUUUGGGCGGCCUGGGGCUCCGCUUCCCCGCGCCGGGCGUCCGGAUUCCCGUCUGAAGUUGGCUCCCGCCUUAGCAGCCGCAUUGGAUCCCAGCGCCUACUGCGAGACUCCGGUCUACAACCCGGAUCUCUGUCCCAACAUGAUCGCGGCGCAGGCCAAGCUGGUGUACCACCUCAACAAAUACUACAACGAGAAGUGCCAGGCGCGCAAGGCGGCCAUCGCCAAGACCAUCCGCGAGGUGUGCAAGGUGGUGUCGGACGUGCUGAAGGAGGUGGAGGUGCAGGAGCCGCGCUUCAUCAGCUCCCUCAACGAGAUGGACAACCGCUACGAGGGCCUGGAGGUCAUCUCGCCCACCGAGUUCGAGGUGGUGCUCUACCUCAACCAGAUGGGCGUCUUCAACUUCGUCGACGACGGCUCGCUGCCCGGCUGCGCCGUGCUCAAGCUGAGCGACGGGCGCAAGAGGAGCAUGUCGCUCUGGGUGGAGUUCAUCACGGCCUCGGGCUACCUGUCGGCGCGCAAGAUCCGCUCGCGCUUCCAGACGCUGGUGGCGCAGGCCGUGGACAAGUGCAGCUACCGCGACGUGGUGAAGAUGGUGGCGGACACCAGCGAGGUCAAGCUGCGCAUCCGCGACCGCUACGUGGUGCAGAUCACGCCCGCCUUCAAGUGCACGGGCAUCUGGCCGCGCAGCGCGGCGCACUGGCCGCUGCCGCACAUCCCCUGGCCGGGGCCCAACCGCGUGGCCGAGGUGAAGGCCGAGGGCUUCAACCUGCUCUCCAAGGAGUGCCACUCGCUGGCCGGCAAGCAGAGCUCGGCCGAGAGCGACGCCUGGGUGCUGCAGUUCGCCGAGGCCGAGAACCGGCUGCAGAUGGGCGGCUGCCGCAAGAAGUGCCUCUCCAUCCUCAAGACGCUGCGGGAUCGCCACCUCGAGCUGCCCGGCCAGCCGCUCAACAACUACCACAUGAAGACUCUGGUGUCCUACGAGUGCGAGAAGCAUCCCCGCGAGUCGGACUGGGACGAGUCGUGCCUGGGCGACCGGCUCAACGGCAUCUUGCUGCAGCUCAUCUCGUGCCUGCAGUGCAGGCGCUGCCCGCACUACUUCUUGCCCAACUUAGACCUCUUCCAGGGCAAGCCGCACUCGGCCCUCGAAAACGCGGCCAAACAAACGUGGCGGCUGGCCAGGGAGAUCCUCACCAACCCCAAAAGUUUGGAGAAACUUUAGAGGGCCAGCCAGCGGCGGCCUGACACUAUUCUUCUCUCCCCCGCGAAAAGAAAAGAAAAAACUGCCUUUCUCUUCGGAGGAUUCUGCUGGGUUUAAUGGGGCAAACGUCGCCCUGCGUUCGGGGAAGAGGCUGCCCGCCUGCGCGCGCACGCACACCAAGCCAACUGCAAGUAUUAUGACUCUUGCCGGUAUCCCGGUUUUAAAAGCCUGCCCGGAAAACAAAACGAAACGAAACCGUGUAUGAUUAUCACCAGGGGAAAUGCAAUAUUGGCUGCCGUUUUUAGCCUGAUUGUGACCACUCCGCCUAGAAACCAGACCAAUGGAUUAUAACGAGGCCGGGAUUUUUGUGCGAG